UGGAUGCUGUGGUUGAGCUUUUGCACUAUACCACAUAUAAGCAUAAACCUUUAUUACUUGAUAGUUUCGUAUCUAUUGCAUUAAAGUAGUAUCUAGGUAAGCCUUUGAAUAUACUACAAUGAAGAAAGGCAUAAUCUUCCUAACACUCACAAACAUCUCAGAUUUCCCCGUUCUCCAAGAGGCUGAUAUUAGCAGCGUCUGUGAUUCUGCCUAGUGCUUGAUUUAUAGUCAUUCACCAAAGAAAGGUUGUGACGGCGGUAAUGACGACGGCAAUAGAAACCGCAGUAGCGGAUCGCACAUCCAAAGAUGCCGAUAUUCCCACUAUAUCAGUAAUAGUCGAGUUCACUGGUGGGCUAGAGAUGCUGUUCUCAGACCAGCGCCGGCAUGCGCUCUCCGUGCCCGCACUCGACAAGGACAACAAGCCCUUGACUGUCGCUUAUCUCAUAGAGUACCUGUGCGAGAACACGAUGAAGGACACACGAAAAGAACUGUUCGUCCUCGACGAUCAUCUACGACCAGGUAUCCUGGUCUUGAUCAACGACGCCGACUGGGAGUUGGAGGGAGAGGAGGCCUAUGAGAUUCAGAACGGUGACAACAUUCUAUUUGUCUCAACGCUGCAUGGAGGUUAGCCAGCCCAGCCAGCCCAGCCAGCCCAACCGGACAACACCAAUGGCCACCGCACCCAUGUCAUCGUCAAUGCUUGUGCCAUGUCUUGGCUUCCCACCACCGCCGUUAAGCCUAGUUGUGCGUCUCGCUCCUAUCUGUGAGUACUACGAACGGGGAGGGGGGCCCUUGAAUAACCGGUUUUGGGCCUUGGAAGGGGGAUCGCCUCCGCGGGUA